GCCCAAAAUGUUCAACACAGCAAGGACAUGACUCUUGCCAGUAACCGCAGCCUGGCAGAAGGCAAUCUUUUGUACCAGCCAAAGUUGGAGUCUUUGAAAUCAAAUUUGACUGAAAAAUAUCAAGAGCUGCAAGUUCUUUUCGAAGCGUACCAGAUAAAGAAAACAAAACUAGACAGACAAUCCAGUAAUGCCUCACUGGAGACUCUGCUGGCGCUGCUUCAGACAGAGGGGGCUAAGAUUGAGGAAGACACUGAGAAUAUGGCAGAGAAAUUUCUUGAUGGUGAAAUACCACUGGAUUCCUUCAUCGAUGAGUACCAGAGCAAGCGUAAACUGGCUCACCAGCGACGUGUGAAAAUCGAGAAGCUCCAAGAAAUGGUGCUAAAGGGACAGAGACUUCCACAGGUUCAGCCACAGGCUCAGCCGAGAGCACCCGAGACAACACCAGCACCUCAAGAUUCCUACACUUCGGAUGCAAACACUCCUCCUUCAGUUGUGCCCCGACGAAUACCACCCCCUCCACCUUCUUCAGUCCCAGCAGGACGCUUUCCUACUCCGUUUACUGCAGCCAUGAGUUCAGGACCAGCUCUUUCUUAUCCAGGUGCUCCGUAUCCUCCUCUCCCCCCGCGACCGGGAGUUCAGUCUGGAAGUCCAAUGCCACAGCCGGGAUACCCAGCUCAGUUUGUACCGCAGUAUCCUCCAGCUCUCCCCCAAAGACCACCUCGCCUUCCGCCACAUCCUGGCUUUAUCCUCCAGUGAAUAUUUUGGUGCGCCUGAGUUAUGUAUUGGUGCUUAUAUUUCCCUUUUAUCCCCAUCAGAGACUUCAUGUAGGCAAUGGAAAGCCUCUGGUUUUUGCACAAUGGAGUACAACAUCUGAGCUGUGGCACCGAGGUUUGCGAUUGUGUUUGGUAAAUGUGAUUAUUUUCGUUUUCAAAUAUCAGUGACAGCAAGGUUUUUCUAGGAAGGUUAUAGGGUCUAAAUUAUGUAAAUCCAUCAAAUUGUGAAACAACGUACAGUGGAUUUCUUGACAUUACAAAUCAAAUCAUGUUUGGAAUUCUUUAGUGACGGUAAAUCAGCAUCCUCUUCUGUUCUGAUGUGUUCCCAUCGCAGCUGGAUGUGUGUGUGGCAAACUGGGAGCUAUUUGUCCCUCUAAAGAAUUCUCUGUCGGUGCCAGUGUUUGGGUAGUAACAACCAGAUCUGAAUACUGGGCAAAGAGUUGCAGUGGACCGCAUCGGCAUCCGUUGCAGUGUGCCCAGACAGCGGCAUUUGUGGCCAGGUGCACGAGGUUUUUCAGAGCUCACUGAGCUGAAACUCUUGUCAGAAAAUAUUGCAUGGUUUUUAGCCAGUAAAAGUUACAAGAGUUCCAUUUCUACAUUUCAGUUGUUACCUUAGACUUUUCAGAAUAAAAGUACACACUCCUCCCACUCCUAAAUAGCUUGAUAUCCUAAAAGUCCUGGUCUCUUGAAAUUAAACUAAACUGUUUGUAGAGCCAGUUUAGAGUUUUAUAGAAACUUUACCAGGCAUUUUUAUUUCCUUGCCUAUUAAGACUCUUUCUUAUGUUUAUUUUUAUUUUAUUUUUCCACACCUUGGAUACAGAAGUGAUUUUUUUACACAGGUGCUUAGCUUUUGAUAUCAUGUGAUUCCAGAAAUCUAGGCAGGGUAUUUCUUAAUCAAAUACUGCGUUUUCACAUUAUGUAAAUGCCCACUUGAAGCUCCACGGUUUCGUUUUAUCCUUCAAACUCAGUCUCUCACUUGGCAGAACUAUUUUUAACUUCCUCAUUUCCUUUAGUUUUGCAGUUUUUGGCAUGUGUAUCUAUCUGGAAUUUGCAGGUACCGUUUCUCCGCAAGCAGGCAAAACAGGAAAGCUUUUUGAAAUCCAUGGUGGCUUUUUGCAUCUGACAUAAUCCAUUCUUGACUUCUUAUGCCACUGGAGAGGGGGAGGCUUUUUAGGGGAGCUCAGAUUUUGCUCUCAAUGUGACUCUUGAAGCCUAAGGUGCAGACACUUGCUGGUUAUUUUAAUCUAGCAUUGGAGGAGACAGAUUUUAACACUUGUUGCUUGCGCAGAAUGUCUCUGUAAAUUCGUUACCAAUUUCUCACAUCCACAAACAACUUUCAACUAAUUCAUGGUCAUUUAAGAAGCUCACAGUCCAGAAUCUGUUACAGCCCCUGCGUUAUUUCAAAGCAUUUUCAUAUCAUUGUCCUGGAAUGCACGAUGUUGUUUGGAAAGUCUGUACUACAAACAGCAUCACUUAAAAUAGAAUAUCUAUUUUUUUUUUUCUUUACGUAAGGCUGUCCCUUAAUCAUUUCCUCGGGAGUGUGGCGGUUGCUAGCAAAUACUAAUCUGAAAUUAAGCUCAUAACAGGAAGCUCUCUAUUCUGAAAAUACGGUUAUUUGGCUUGUUCUGCCUUCUGAAGACAAAGGGCAGAAGGUUGGUCAGUGUUAUUGGCAGCUGAACCAAUUCCCCAGUGUAAGUCUGGAAAGUUUCUAUAGAUGGGGGAUUUUGUGAAGCAAUGUGCAUUGGAUUUGUUUGCAAAGUGUGUUUUUUUCUGUAAUCUAGUGAUGGUACAGGAUGUGUUUUGUUUUUUUUUUUUUAAAUAGUGUAAUAUCUUUUCUUGGUAUUAUUUUCUCACUGAAGCUUCGUAUAAGCAUGGUUAAUUAUGACUCGUUUCAAAGUAAUUUUGCUGUGCUAUUAGUGCUGGUACUUGGACUGUUGUAUCUGAAUGCUAAACAUAAGUCUGCUGUAGAAAUGAAUUGUGUCCUAGAAAGAAUUAAAGUGGGUGGGGGCUACCAGGGUGGUGACUGAGUACAGAAAUGCGUACUUUGAGCCUGCUACACAAAAACUCUAAAACACUCUCAAAUUAGUUUUGCUAACAGUUAAUGAAAACAACCAGGUAUAUUUUACACUUAUCAAGUGCCAACUUUUUUUCCGAGGGCUGAAAAUCCUCAGAAGUGAUGGAGGUGAUAGAUAAGUGUAUUGUGAAUUUGCACUGCGUUUUAUGUAUCUAACUUUAUUGGUAUUAGUAGUCCAAAAAUAUUUUUACUACUUGUUAAAUUUUCUGUCUUUUGGUAACUUUUGUGAUAACAUGACCUUUCAGGGAUACUUUAUCUAGAAACUGACUCUUGUGCAAACUAAAUACAGACAAAGCUAAUGCAAUUUUUCUGUCUGAAAGCAAAACAAUGCAUUAUUGCAUAUGCAUGUGGCUGAUGUGCCUUAGGAUCACUACUUGUGAUUGUAAAACUAGGAUAUUAGCGUUUUUAUCAUUUGAAUGGCCAUUGCUUAACUCUAAGGGCUCUUCAAGAGCACUUUCUUUUACAAAAAAACUCACCCUUGUACUUCAGAAAAAAACAAAGGCCGUAUCUGCUAUUUGUAAGCUUAUAGUUGCCUUCACUGAUGGAUAGGUUUGAGUAUCGAUAAUGUAACUAAUGUGAUGCUUCAGUUACAGCAAACUCGUAACUGAAAUCCAGCUGCUCAUGGAAAACGUUUUGCCAUUAAUUGUGUGUGUGUAUGUGCGCACAAACUGUAAAUAUAUACUUGACUGCUGGUAAUGUUUAAGGGUAAAGGAGAAAGAUGACCGUGGAAAGCUGUUUAAAUCCUUUCAGAAACAAACUUUACAAAACACUAACCUGAACGAGUUGGGCAAGGGGUGUGUCAGUGCUUUCAAAGCCUGUUGCCCUUCAACAGCUUCUCCUGUUGUGUUAUAGCUAAUAAAUAAAUUCUGCUAUGGCUAGGAUGUUUAGAAUCAUACUAAUUUGCACUGUUUAUAAGAUAGUGAGAUUAAAAUGCCAUAGGCAAGCUGAGACUUGAGAGGGGGUGGCUCAGUAUGCUUGCCAAAAUAUAUAUAUAUAUAUUAUUAUGUUGUCUUGAGGAUUUUUAAUGUCUGCUGCAAAUAGCAUAUACUUCCCCAAAGCAAUUGGAGUGGAGAAAAAAAUCUUUUAAAUACAAUGUGUAACAUGGCUUUAGAGUGUUGGUAGCGUUGAAAAUGCUCUCUCUGGAUGGCAUGACUUUUGCCAGCCUUUUGUAUGCGGUUUUAUAAGUUAUGACUAAUUGAGUUGUAUGUGGUUAGGUUGUUUGAUGGUCAGCACUGAAUGGUUCUAACUCAAGGAUGAGUUUUGCUGCACUUCAGUGCUGUCUCCUAGAGGAAGCGGAGUCAGUUGUUCUAGCACAGCUGGUCCACACAGGUCACCCUUGUACCCGUGACCCGUGAGGGACUAUAUAGAAUAUGAGUUUUGAUGUGAUGCCAGGAGGCAGAGCCCUGGGCACAGCCUGGUCAUGGGUAAGCAUUACGUUUAGUGCCCCGACUUCCACAACCUCAGUCUCGACCUCUUUUGGGACUUCUCUGCCCUCUCAAACUGGAAUAAUGACUUAGAUACAGAGCUCAAAUCGACAAUUCCUUUAGCCUGAAUAUAGAGCUGCUUGGCAAACACUGAGUUCUGAGGAGGUAGAGUUGUCCUGCACCCGAACCUUCCUCUGUGUAAUCCUGGACAGUCUAAUAAAGGGGCAGUUUUAUAUGCCUAGCAAGUUGUGAAACGUACAGUGGAUUUGUUUGCAUAAUAAGUCUUUCUGUAAUCUACUGUGGUCUGAUUUUAAAUAAAAUAGCAUAUCUCUCUCGGUGU